AUGGACCCGUUGUCUCUGGUAGCGGAACACUGCGCGGACUGUGGACACACUUUCGCCUUCCAGAACGCCAAAAUUAUGAGUCGAGGCAAUGACCGCGUAGCCAGGGAAACGAUCGAGGCCUGGCACACGGAGACAACCUCAAUAGACCGUUGUGUCGCCCUUCCCGAAGCCUACCAAGCCCGCCGGACGCAGCUCAACGAACGAAGGAGCAAGCGCGAAGUUAGGCCAGACAUAAAUCCAAACACGGGAGAGCCUACGACGGACCUGCACGUAGCCACAACGCAAAUCGGGCCCGACGAAGGCGCAGUCAUCAAUACUGUUGUCUCAACCACUACUCCGGAAGACUGGGAGAAACGAGGUCAGAGGGAUGCAAUCGAGACUAGCAACCCAGGACGCCAACUAAGGUCAACGCGAAAGUGGGCGAUGGCCACCAACGUUCAAAUGCCGAGCCCCGACGAGAGACAGGCCAUUUGA